GAAUCGUUCGCGAACGACACAGCACUACAUGGCUGAGGAAGUACCUCGGCUGGACCUUAGACUCGGUGCUUCGACCACACUGUUAAAUUUCGCUUGUGACUUUCUCUCUCAGAUUCAGGAGUCAAAAACAUCAAGGUAAGUACAGGAUUUUGUGACGGCUAUGCCUUAAAAUUCCCGUGUUAAAACCUGAACGCGGUUGACAUAUAACUUCUGUUACUUAACUGAGCUCUGUGGAAAAGGGACUAGCAUGCUAGUUACAAGCUAAAAAUACCAAGUUACCUGCAGUAACAAUGUCAACAUCCAUCUGUUUUAAACGUUAAAAGGUUGAAUUGUGACGGAAUAAGAGAGUAGGUCUCAACUGCUCUUCACUGGCGCUGUUAUCUGAACCGUGAGGAUACAGCCUAUCAGGUCAGCUGCACAUGUGAAGACAUGCAGUUAGUGGUUACUACAAACAGAACACAUAUUUUAUGCAGCAGAGUUAUAAAACCAAACACUUAAGACCCAUCAGCUAACCAUCUUUCUUUCUUUCUUCUUAUUUAUCCAAAACUUUAAGAACAACAACAACAAAACAACUAGAAACAAAAACACAGAACAAAAUAAUACAUAAGUUCACCAAACAACUGCACAUGUCAAAGAUAAAUUUACACAACAUAUAUAUGUUAAAAUAAAGAGUUUAAGAAGGAACAGAAUGAAGCAAAGAGCUUAUCUUGCCCUGCCCCUUCCUUGCAAAUUAGAGAUUAAAAAAAUCUAUUUGUAUAAAUUACAAAGAUCUGUAAAAAUACACUACAUAGGUUCUUUAUUAUAAUUAUUUGCAUAUAAUAAUAAUAACCAGUGUUAUAAUAUUCAGAGUUAAUAUUACUUCUAUGUAACCAGGUAUAUCUAGUAUAACCACAUUUUUGUUAGUUUACUUAUUUAAUUCCCCUAAAACUUCUCAAUAGUUUGAUUUAAAUAUUUUUAUGUUAUAGGAAAUUUUUAAAGACACAUCCAGGCUGUUCCAGAGUUUAACACCACAAACAGAAAUGCACAUACUUUUCAGAGUUGUACGGACAAUUGGACAAAUAAGUUUAUGUGUUUCCCCAGAUUUCAACACAGUAAGUUUCACACAUGCUCAACAUGACUAUAUAAAUGUACUUAGCAGAGUGACACCAUGGUAACAGAAGGGGAGCCUACAGACACGAUCAAAGUGUUGUACCUUCUGGCACUCUCUUUCUCCUGGGGUCUGCAGGUCUGGGUUUCCUUCAUAGCAGGUAUGACACACACAUUGGAGUCUUAACUGAUACACAAACUCAUAUGCAUGUUUCAGCUGUGCAGCAUGCUGUUUUGUCCCAUUUUCAUAUUAUUUGUUUUGUCAGGUUUUGCGUUGGUGCGGCAGGUAACCCUGCACACCUUUGGGCUGGUGCAGAGCAAGCUUUUUCCUGUUUAUUUUCAUUGUCUGAUGGGGAGCAGUUGCUUCAGUCUGGCUAUGUAUGCUGUGUACCACCCCAGAGAGCUGCUGGACUGGCAUGAAAAUUUGCAGGUCAGACAUCACUCGUGCAAAAGCCAUUUAAAAAUCUUAAUGUUAUCCCCAAAUGUGCAUGUAAGUCAUCACCAUGUUAUGUUUCAGCCUUUUAAGGUAUCCUCUCCUGUCUUCCAGAUUGGUCUGUACUUCGUUGCGUUGGUCACAGCCGGUCUGAACGCCCGCUGGUUUGGCCCAGCAGCCACUGAGAUAAUGUUCCAAAUGCAAGAGGUGGAGAAGGAGCAUGGCCUGGGGAAUCAAGUUGGCCUCACCAGCCAAAGAGAGGCGUAUGCUAAACUCAAGGAGCAGGACCCCAAGUAUAAAGCUUACAGGAGCACAUUUGGCCGCUAUCAUGGGCUGUCUAAUCUUUGCAAUUUGAUUGGGUUUAUCUGCACCACAACGAACUUAAUCUACACAGCUAUGAAUUUAUCAACGAUUUAGAAAGAAUAUGUUUCUCUUUAUGUUAAAUGUCAGCCUCUUUGAAGUCUUUUAUCGCAGGGUGGGGGGAAAAUUGAUUCACCUAUGAAUCCUGAUUGUUUAUUACUAGAAUUUUUCAUCAGUUCGAAAAAUCCAAAAGUAGAUUUUUAAACUUUGUCCCUAUCGAAGUCCAGUGUUGGGAUGCACUUUAGAUACUACAUUCCCCUGGAUGUGGCUUUCCCAUAUGUCAAUUGUGCAAAUUGAAUUUAAAGCUCUGAGGGAAAACUUAAAAUACCCAUGCUCUCAUAUGCUAGCAGCUAGAGUUUGAAGCAGUAGACUAUAAAUACAGAGGCAGUGGGCCUAAGCCCUCCAUGAGAUGCCGAAGUGUCAUUUUUAUUUAGCAUUUCUCGCAAUAUUUGUUCUUACCAUGUGUUAGUAUUAGUCACUGAAAAUUAUGAUGAUCUAGAAGAGUUUUACUUUGACGAGUUUAGCAUUAAACAAGUGCCUCUUCCCCUGGUAGUUUUGCCUUUGUGAACUUUGCAGUCACUAAAAAUGUGAAUAUAGAAGCUGCACCAACUCAGUUUUGGGUUUAUUUGAGUUCUUUGUGCUGGUUUUCGGCAAUUAUAUAUUGCAACUUUAUUGUUUGUUGUAUGACUGACUGGCUUAAGUAUUCAAAAAUUAUUUGACUUGAGCAAAUAGGCUUUAUGAUGUUUAAUUUUAGUUUGGCGUGAGGGGGUGUGAACAAGGGCGGGGUGCAUUUUCUGUCAGAACAUUGUUUAGAAACACUGAAGUAAAUCCACAAGCUUUACCUGCUGGUAUAGCAAUGUGACCAGCAGGGGGCAGUGUUUAGACAUACGCUUAUUCAGGUAAAUAAAAGCUCCAUCACUGCACAUAGUGUGCUGCUGUUGUUGUUUGUAAGGUGUUGUGUGAUUAUUUUAUAGAAAUGUGUGAAACUUGUUAAAGCUGUUCCUAAAACACUGUGAUUGGAGAAUUAAAUUGUAUUCUGUUAUGUACCACA